AUGGAUUUGGACGACGAUGCGCCGCCGGAGUUGGUCGGCACCGGUGCCGAACCAGAGCCUGAGGAGAAGCCAGUCAAGGUGCCCAUUACACUCAUUACGGCUCUGGAUAUUGAAAAGUCACUCACUAUCAAUAAGGAUGGUGAGUCAGUUGAGGAGUGGAUGGACGUGGGCAACGGCUGCAUAUGCUGUUCCGUGAAAGACACUGGAGUAAACGCUAUUGAGUCUCUGAUGGAAAAGAAGGGCAAAUUCGACUACAUCCUUCUCGAAACCACCGGCCUGGCCGACCCGGGUAACAUUGCGCCCAUGUUCUGGAUGGACGACGGGUUAGGCAGCACCAUCUACCUCGACGGCAUCGUCACCCUCGUGGACGCCAAGAACAUCCUGCACAGCCUGGAUGACCCCGCGGGGAAGGUGGAAGGCCAUGAGGAGAGCGACGACGCUCACGGAGCGGGUCCCGUCAUGACUACCGCCCAUGUGCAAAUUUCACACGCCGACGUUAUUGUCAUCAACAAGUCCGAUUUGGUCAGUGAGGCAGAGCUUCAGGCAGUGAGGGAGAGGAUCGAGUCCAUGAACGGGCUGGCCAAAAUAUUCGUCACCAGCCAAAGCGCCGUGCCGAAGCUUGAGGGAUUCCUGCUAGACCUGCAUGCGUACGACAAAGUAGAAGAACUUGACCGCCCGGGUCUUGGCCACAGCCAUAUUGACAAGCGAACUGGCGGCCCGGCGUAUGAUAUUCACCGGCUGAAGGGCCGGUUUUCUGCCACCGAUGGGAAGCAAAAUAUCAUUCAGGGCGUCAGAGAGAUUUUUGAUAUUUUUGGCAACCCUUCGCAGGAGGAAGACGCCCCGGUUUCGCCUGCGAUGCGACUCGGUGGGCGGUUUCUCAACUCCAGCGCUCGGGUCCCACUUAUCCUCGACCACAGCCCGGCAGUCCCUAAAGCCAGCAACCGCGAACGACACACAGCAAGACAACGAACGGCGACGUCGCAACAUAACGAGCCAGCCACAACCACCAACUCCUCUCGACAACAAAACCGAGCGCACCCCACGGCGGAGCGCAGACACCUUAAUGAUGAAUCGACCAGAACUGGAUAUGCUAACACGGUUGGAAUACUAGGGGUUGUACCACAAACAAUGCGCGGCAUACCUGGCGGGUUCGGGGGCCAGCAACAACAACAGCAGUCCGGUCGUGCUGUCUCGAAUAGGUUACCUAACGGGAAGCUUGGAGGGCCGGUAGGAAAUGCACAAUGGGCGUUCGGCGCCAUGCCUAUGGGGGGUGGUGCAAAUGUGCUCCCAGGAGGGGCUGGCAGGCAAAUAGGGGGGAAUGUCAGCUUCGCGCAAAGUGUGGCCGGGUCACAGCCAGCAACACCGCUGGACUUGUCGGAAUUUCCGUCUUUAUCCAACCCCUCCCAGCUCAGCUCAACAAGCCAAACACCAAUGUGGUCAACACAAGGCUCUCGUAGCGUCGGUGGAGGGGUCCAUCGAGGAGGCGGCACUCCGAUCUCAGCUCAGAGCCAGCAAGAGGAUCUUUUCGCCUCGCGCCUUUCAUCCAAUCAAGGUCCGUUCAGGUUUGGCACCCAAGCAGGCGGUUCGCAAGCUAUCCCCGCACCCGCUGGUGCUGCCGAGGAGUUCCCACCGUUGAAUCGUACCGCGAAUGGUGAGAUUGGCAGGCAAGAACAAGGUAGCAAUCUGAUGUCUAACCUGGGGUUUGGUACCCAAGGUUCAGCCACCAGGUCCACGAUGCAGGCGAAUCAAGCGGGCAACGGUUUACUGAGCGCACUAUCCGCAACUUCGAGGGCCACAGACGUCCGUUCGCCAACAGCAAUCGCACGACCCCAAGAUCAGCGCAGCCCAGUCGAGGAUGAGUCGCGUCAAAAACCGGCCGGCUAUCGUGAGGAUUCAGUUGACUCGGUAAGCGGUAGGAAUCCGCUGGGCGCCAUUGGUAACGACCCCCCGACCGGCAAGGGCAAAGAGGAGGAGAAGACCCCCGCCAGCCAGGUACAAGAUCCGUUGGAAGGCAUGGCGCCCAUUGAUAAAUGGGGCCUAAAGGGGCUUCGCACAUUGAUGAACAACUAUGCCGAUUACAACGCGCUUACUUGCGGCCUCGACCCGGCGACGUUGGGCAUAGAUAUGCGAUCCACGGAGAUGUUGUCCACUAAGGCGUAUUCACUAUUCGACGACGUCCCGCCACGGUCGCCGGUACCAAAGUUUCGCCUUCCGGACUGCUACCAGGUCAAAAACGUGCAGCCGAUCGAGGCCAAAAUCUCGAGCUUCAACGAGGAGACGUUGAUGUGGAUCUUUUACAGCUGUCCGCGUGACGUCAAGCAGCAGAUGGCCGCCAUCGAGUUGAAUAAUCGCAACUGGCGUUGGCACAAGAAGCUACAGAUAUGGCUGACCAAGGACGAUGUUAUGGUCCCUCAGUCGCUGAGUCCUACCCAUGAGCGCGGUUAUUAUAUAAUCUGGGACACCGCCAACUGGCGCAAGGAGAGGCGCAACUCCCCCCACACCCCCCUUCUCAUCAUGGCCGACGUAGUCGACGACCAACACAUCAACCUCCCCUCCCUCGUUGCCAUCCUCGUGAUCUCCGGCAUCGUCCUCCGCUACUUCUUUUUCUCCCCGAGUUCUGCACCGGGCGCUGCUGGCUCCUCUUCCUCGUCAGCAGCCGGGGGGAGGCAACAAAGGGACGGACCCCAGGCGCGGGCGGCACGCGAGGCCGCCGCCGAGAGGAUACAGCAGAUGUUCCCGCAGGUGGACCGGCGGACGGCACUGUGGGAUUUGCAGCGCACGGGAGGGAACGUGGCGGCGACGGCGGAGAGGGUUUUGGCGGGGCGCUUGGAGACGCCCCCCAUCACGUUCCAACCCCCUCCGCCCCCCGGCGCAGCCAACAACAGCGCCGGCGCCGGAUCCGCAGGAGCACAGCAGCAAAGCAAGCCCGCCCCGGGGCCCGUCCAUCCGGAUCUCAUCACGCGAUACAACCUGCAAGACAAGCUUAACGCCGCCACGGCGGGAGGCGAGCAGUCGGAAACGGGCGGCACUGGUAGUAGCACGGGAGUAGCAGAAGACACGGGCGCUGCGGCGGUGGCGGCGGUGACGGGGAAGGGCAAGGCGUGGAGUGCGAGCCGGGAUGAAAGGCAGACGUUGUUGCAGAAGAGGAGGGACCAGAUGAUUUUGGAGGCGAGGAGGAAGAUGGAGGCGAAGAUUGCUGCGGAGAAGGCUGCUGCUGGUGGGAGUUGA